AUGGCCAAGGUCAUUUUCACAGCUUGGAAGACCAAGUCCCAGCUGAUGGAUGUGCGGAACGAGUUUUAUCCUCCGCCUUCCUACGCUGGACCGGAUUUGCGCUCUCAUGGUUGCGCAGUGGUCGAAGCUUGGAAGUUACGCGGCAAUGUGCCGCACCAUGUUGAAGCUACGGCGCUAUUGACUGACGCUAUUCUGCAUGACGAUGCACAGAGGAACUCCAUCUUCUCGAUUCGGGCUACCUACUCUGCAGCCUUCUGCCGGCCUUCCCGCCUCCUUCGUGGAACUACGCCACGAAGCAACUCACCGCGAGCCCCCUCGCUAGUUGUACUGCGCAAGGCAGCACAGCGCUCUCUCGAAUGGCUCUGGGACAACUACUGGGCUGAGGUCUGCGACGAUCCUACGCCUGCAACCCAUGACGACAGUGCAUCUGUCAGGGCGGCCUUGUGCGACGCUCUACAGCCUCUUACCGGUGGGCUAGCGGAACCAGUGUCUAAAAAGCGGAAGCGCGACCAGGCCAUUUCGGUCGCUAUGCGGCUUGUCUCGGUUUGUAAUGUCUCGGGGACUGGCGUUAAGCUUUUAGCUUCUGUUUUGCUGGAGCGGGAUUUGCUGGUGCCUGGUCGGACGCUUGGAGAUCCCUUCGAUGAGACUUUUAAAGAGUGGGACACUGUGCUUUUAAAGGUUGCGGAGAGUCAUCCUGCCUUUUUGAGACAUCUCACGGAGGACCUGGUCAAUGAUCUGGCCUUCACCGAUACGAAGGAUGUAUCUACCGAUCCGCGCUCUGAGGCGCUGUACCUGUGGCUCGCGCACAUUUUCACAUCGCCGAAUUGGGAAUUCCACAGGCAAUCGUGUCCUCAAAGCUAUGUUCUUCAAGUUUGUGACGAGAGUUCACACCAUUGGACAACGCUGCUGGGGGAGCAGGUGAGAAAGGAAGCUGGCAAAGCUAAGGCGGUACCCGUCGCUCGACCAGCUGGCAAAAACCGUGUCUCAAAGCCCAUCACUCGAAACGAGUCGCGAGGCACUACCGCUCAGCUUUCGGAAAAGCUGCUAGCGCACGGAUGGGGUCUCUUGGAGAAAUGGGACAGUCGACCCUUGGGGGUGGUCGCUAACAACUAA